AUUUGUUCCCAAAAAAUCAACAAUUUCAUUUCAUUCAUUCCACUUUCACAAAUAGAAACCACGGAAACUUAGGUUAGUUUCAAUUUUCUUUCAACUUUCUUUGAUUCGGUGACCAAAUUGGCAAUUGCUGUGUGGUUUGCAGAGAAGAGGGUAAACUGUGUUUGAUUUUGGGGAAAUGGCGUUAGGGUUUGAGGGUUAUAGUUUUGCGAGAACACUAUCAAUGGGGAGGAAGAGGGUUGUGGUUACCAAUAAUGUGGAAAAUGAUUCAGUGAUGACUCCGUUGAAGCGAGUUUGCAGUGGGAGAAUCAAUUUCAACUCGGAAAGGUCUCGCCUUGAAGCUCUUCCUCUUGAUGUUCUGAUUAGGGUGUUGUGUGGUGUGGACCAUGAAGAUCUGGAGCAGCUUUUACAUGUUUCAAAAACAAUUAGAGAAGCGACUGAGAUUGCAAGGGAUUUCCAUUUUGAGUAUAGCACACCAAAGAAGAAAACUUUUGGUUUUCGUUCACCAUUUGACAUUGAGGAUGCUAAUGAGUUUGAGGAAAUUGAAGCUCCAAAAGCACCUUUGAGGAAAUCAGUAAAAUCAAGGCUGAGUGGUAAGAAUCUGGGUGGAAUCUCAGUUGCCUUGUUUGGUUCCACUGAGUAAGCCAUGGAAAACAGCAACUUAUGAUGAUGGUAUUGGUACUAUAAAGUUAGAGUUCCUCUUUUAGAAUUGGUUAUAUGUGUAAAUAGACACUGCACAUGUUGUUUGUACAAUGAAUUGAUAGAUUAGAGAGGGACUUGAUGAGUAUUGAGAUCUCACUGGUUAGUCUCACACACGUAUAGAAACCAUUACAAGGGACAUCUUCAAAUUCUUCAUUGAAGAUUGCUCCCUGGCUUGUUUGUAAUCUUUCUGUACAUCUAUAGUCAAAUAGAAAGUGGGAGAGGUUCUAGUUCUAGUGAUUUUGUUUGGAGGGAAAUCUUAGGCCCUUAUGUUCUGGUAAAUUUGGAUACUGUAUACUCUUUCUGAUUCCCUGAUGAAAUGAAUAGUGUUCUGUUGUAUGAAUAAA